GAAAGCCAAUACCACACCGGUCACAUUUUCUGGCAUUGUUUGUUUAAAGCCGUUUUUCGUUGCAAGUUCUAAAUAUUUUACAAUUUAUGUGCCUUAAAACGGAACAAAACAAGGUAUGAGUAAAAUGCCUUCGAUUUUCGACACCCCACUUCCGGCUGAGCCGAAGAAACAGAAAAAGCGAGUCAACGAGUCCGGAGAACCGGACGGGGCUGCCCAGAAUGAAAAGCAAGCGAAAAAGAAGAAAACUACCGAGGGCGGUGGUUCCACAUCCAAGAAACAGCUAAUCGAUCAGGUGAUGAGGGAACUGAAUCAGGGAAAUGCGAUCCAAUCUCCGAAAAAAGUCGCCAGUAAAAAGAAAAAUAAUUCAGCAGUUGAGAUCGGAACACCAAAACUCACUCCAAAGAACACGAAAAAGAAUAAAUCUGCCACAAACAUUGAAACGUCCACACCGAACGGAGUUAAACCUAUAACUCCAAAACAAUCAGCAAAGAAGGAUUCAUCAUCCAAGGAUAGCACACCGAAAGGUGUCGAUAAAAAGAAGAAGAAGGCCGCGAAAAAGUCUCCAAAAAAAGGAACCAAACCAGCAGGACUGAAAAUUAAACUACAAGACCUUAACAGACACAAAACAAAACUGAGAAAGUCGCUUAACGCUCUGAACCAAUCCAAAAAGGCUAAAACUAAAAGCACAACUGAAAAUUCUUCGUCCCACGCGUUGCAAGAAGCGUCAUUCGAUGAUGAAACAUUUAAAAGCAACUUGAAUAAUCCCAUGCCAAUAAUACCAGGUGCCGUAAGUCAACCGAAACCUGCUAAAAAGAUUGCCAUACCUUUACCCCUGGAUUUCACGCCAUCUAAAGUGAAACAGGAACCGAAAACGCCAAAAGCGAGUGCGGUCGCUAAAACUUUACUUCCUGAAAACCAGGAGAUUUCAGAUAGUUAUGAAGUGGGUCGCACCAAAUUCGGUUGGGUUAUCCAUCCGGUUACGGUGGACGAAUUUAUGGCUCAGCACUGGGAGAAAAAACCCUUGUUAAUUCAGCGUGGCGAUUCGGAGUAUUUUAAGUCUCUUCUAUCAAGAAAGAAAAUCGAUGACAUGCUCAGAACCAACAAUAUUGAAUACACCAAAAAUAUCGAUAUCACUUCGUACCGUGAGGGUAAACGUGAGACACACAAUCCAGAUGGCAGGGUUCUUCCACCUGAUAUGUGGGCGUUCUACGAGGAAGGAUGCAGCGUUCGAAUGUUGAACCCACAAACCUACCUUCCCGAAAUCUACGAGAUGAACGUUAAACUGCAGGAGUUUUUCCACUGUAUGACGGGUGCCAAUUUUUAUCUGACCCCACCGAACAGCCAAGGCUUCGCUCCGCAUUUCGAUGAUAUCGAGGCCUUUGUGCUUCAAAUAGAAGGUCGCAAACAUUGGAAACUAUACAGCCCACGUGUAGAAUCAGAGGUCCUCGCUCGAUUUUCAUCACCAAACUUCGAACAAAGCGAAAUAGGCAAUCCCAUCUUAGAAGUGACUUUGGAACCCGGUGAUUUGCUUUAUUUUCCCCGUGGUAUUAUUCAUCAAGCCAGCACCGUGCCGGGGCACCAUUCACUCCAUGUUACUAUGAGCGUUUAUCAAAAGAAUAGCUGGACCGAUCUUCUGGAAUAUAUGUUACCACAAGCCCUAGCUUUGGCAUCGGAAAAGCAUAUCGCGUUACGGCAAGGCAUCCCACUGGAUUUCCACCAACAUUUCGGAAUCGUCCACUCGGACAGCAAUUCUACCACAAGGGAGGCUAUUAUCGAGAAAUUUAAAGCUUUCAUAGACGUGAUUUUCACAACGGAUGCACUCGAUGCUGCGGCCGAUCAGCUGGCCAAACGAUUUCAACACGAUGCUUUACCUCCACUCAUUGAGAAAAAUGAACUUCCCAAGACAGUAUACGGAAACAAUUACGAUUUCAAGGCCGAUGGAACGGUCAAAUUGAAACCUAAUUUCACCGAUAAAACAACCGUUCGUUUGCUACGUCGUAAUAUCCUUCGGCUGGUCAACGAAGAGGACAAAUUGCGAAUCUACUACCAUAUGGACAAUUCACGGGAGUAUCAUGAGUUCGAGCCGAACUUCUUGGAGAUCGAUCAAGAUGCGGCCAUCGGGGUGGAACUGCUGGUUAAAGUAUACCCGAAGGCGAUUGCGAUUGCCGAUCUGCCUGUCGAUGAUCGGAUUGAAUUUGCCAAGAGUCUCUGGGAGAAGGGACUUAUUUUGCUCAAUGUCUAGUUGUAAUUUUCUAAGUAACACAGCCUAUAGUUUAUUUUUUAUAUUUUAAAAUUGUGUGAAAUAAAACUUGUGCAAAGUUAUUUUCUAAGGAACAA